GCCUGGCAUCCCCUCGCCUCCCUCUGCCUGGCAUCUCUCUCCUCUGCCUGGCAUCCCUCUUCCCCAUGCCUGGCGUCCCUUCCCUCUGCCUGGCAUCCACGCUCCCCUUACCUGGCAUCUCCCUUGUAUCCUCUUCCCUGGCACCUUUUCCUUACCUGGGCCAUUCCCUCCUUCCUACCUGGCAUCCUCCUCCUCAAUCCUCUCCCAGUGCUCCCCAUCCUCCUGAUUCUUUAUUUUCCCCUGCCUGGCACUCUCCCCAGCCCGAUACCUUUUCCCAUCCCCUUUUUGUACCUCUCCCCUGACUGGCAAAUUCCCACCCAGCCCCAGCUCUGACACCUCGUCCCUGUCUGAUCCUCUUCAGCAUGGCCCUUGGUUCUGCAGGCGUGGCGGGCUCUGGGCCAGGGCACCGAGGGGGCACUGGAUGAGUCCCCGGUUGCAGGACCCUACCAUCUAUGACUCCAGGCCUCCAGCACCCACCCACCGUGGUACAGCGCCCCGGGAUGCCGUCUGGAGCCCGAAUGCCCCACCAGGGGGCGCCCAUGGGUCCCCCGGGCUCCCCGUACAUGGGCAGCCCCGCCGUGCGACCCGGCCUGGCCCCCGCGGGCAUGGAGCCGGCCCGCAAGCGAGCAGCGCCCCCGCCCGGGCAGAGCCAGGCACAGAGCCAGGGCCAGCCGGUGCCCACCGCCCCCGCGCGGAGCCGCAGUGCCAAGAGGAGGAAGAUGGCUGACAAAAUCCUCCCUCAAAGGAUCCGGGAGCUGGUCCCCGAGUCCCAGGCUUACAUGGACCUCCUAGCAUUUGAAAGGAAACUGGAUCAAACCAUUAUGCGGAAGCGAGUGGACAUCCAGGAGGCCCUGAAGAGGCCCAUGAAGCAAAAGAGGAAGCUGCGUCUCUACAUCUCCAAUACGUUUAACCCUGCGAAGCCUGACGCUGAGGAUUCUGAUGGCAGCAUUGCCUCUUGGGAGCUGCGGGUGGAGGGGAAGCUCCUGGAUGAUCCCAGUAAACAGAAGCGGAAGUUCUCUUCCUUCUUCAAGAGUUUGGUCAUUGAGCUAGACAAAGACCUUUAUGGCCCUGACAACCACCUCGUUGAGUGGCACCGGACGCCCACCACCCAGGAGACAGACGGGUUCCAGGUGAAGAGACCAGGGGACCUGAGUGUGCGCUGCACCCUGCUCCUCAUGCUGGACUACCAGCCUCCCCAGUUCAAACUGGACCCCCGCCUGGCACGGCUGCUGGGGUUGCACACACAGAGCCGCUCAGCCAUUGUCCAGGCCCUGUGGCAGUAUGUGAAAACCAACAGACUACAGGACUCCCACGACAAGGAGUACAUCAAUGGGGACAAGUAUUUCCAGCAGAUUUUUGAUUGUCCUCGCCUGAAGUUUUCUGAAAUUCCCCAGCGCCUCACAGCCCUGCUGCUGCCCCCAGACCCAAUUGUCAUCAACCACGUCAUCAGUGUGGACCCAUCAGACCAGAAGAAGACAGCAUGCUACGACAUUGAUGUGGAGGUGGAGGAGCCACUGAAGGGGCAGAUGAGCAGCUUCCUCCUGUCCACGGCCAACCAGCAGGAGAUCAGUGCUCUGGACAGUAAGGUGGGCCCGAGCCCAGAGCUGGAGUGGGACACUAACCCAAGGAGCACAGAGCACUCAGACCAGACCAUCCAUGAGACGAUUGAGUCCAUAAACCAGCUCAAGAUCCAGAGGGACUUCAUGCUAAGCUUCUCCAGGGACCCCAAAGGCUAUGUCCAAGACCUGCUCCGCUCCCAGAGCCGUGACCUCAAGGUGAUGACAGACGUGGCUGGCAACCCUGAAGAGGAGCGCCGCGCUGAGUUCUACCACCAGCCCUGGUCCCAGGAGGCCGUCAGCCGCUACUUCUACUGUAAGAUCCAGCAGCGCAGGCAGGAGCUGGAGCAGUCGUUGGUUGUGCGCAACACCUAGGAGCCCAUGAGCAAGCAUCACCGUGGACCAGCCAAGGCCCCGGCACUGGUCUCCCUCCCCGCUGUCCUGGGGGGUGGGCAGGACUGGAUUAAAGGUCAUUCACCAGA